GGAGAGCGCCCGAGGGAGUCCGGAGCGCGCGGGGAGGAGAGCUGCAGCCCCGGCGGGCGCCCCUCGCGCGGGCCGGUGCCCGCUCCGCGCCCAGCCCGGUGGCAGGCAGCGGGGGGGGGGGGCCGCGAGCCGCCGCCGCAUCCCCCCGGCCCGGCUGCCGCCCGCUCUCCGUAGCCGCGCGGGCGCCGAGCGGGACUCUCCGCCGGGGGCUGCCUCGAGCCGCGCCGGCCCUGCGCUGACCCCCGAGGCCGGGCUGUGGCGGGAUGCGCGGGAGCCGCCCGAAGCUGUGAGCCCAAGUUCGGGGGGCGGGGCCCUUCGUCGGUAGCCCACCCGCUCUGCCACUGGCCCGUAGAUGGACCCGAGGGCUUCCCUGCCUCCGCCGGUGCGGUGAGCCCGCGGCCCUUGCCUGGGCGUGGGGGAAGAGCCACGCGCGCUGCGCUUGAGGAGGCGCCUUGGCCUGGGAAGACGCUUUAAAUCUGCAUCUGGGCUCGUUCGACUUCGGGUGAAGAUGAUGAUCGCGCAGUGGACUUCACAGUACUGGAACCGUCUCUCUUCCUUGCCCGUCUGGGUCCUGGUUAACUGUUGUGUCUUGCUGGCUGGCGCGGAUAAUACCAGUCAGGCGUAUUACACAGCCCUCAUCAACGUGACUGUAUUGAACCCCGACCGAGUCAGCCCUACAUUACUAAGGAUCGAUCGUGGGCGCUACGGGCAGGAUUCCCCCAAAGUGGAGGUCAAAGGCCUGCUUCUGGCACCGGUGCCUAUCAACGGAGUGGUGGAUCGUCUGGGCUGUGAUCCUCGAACACGAUUCCAUGUUCCUCCGAAUACCAAGCAGUGGAUUGCCUUGCUGCAACGAGGAAACUGUACAUUUAGAGAGAAAAUAUUGCGAGCAGCUUCACAUAAUGCCACAGCUGUGGUCAUUUACAACAAUAUAUCCAGUGAGGAACCUGUCACUAUGACUCAUCAAGGAACUGGAGACAUUGUUGCUGUCAUGAUUACAGAGUCCAAGGUAAAGGAGAUCCUAAAUUACUUGGAAAAGAACAUCUCUGUCCUGAUGGCAAUAGCAGUUGGAGCCCGUGUUCCUCCAAAGAAUUUUAGUCGUGGCUCUCUAGUCUUUGUGUCAAUAUCAUUCAUCGUUUUGAUGAUAAUUUCAUCAGCAUGGUUAAUAUUUUACUUCAUCCAGAAGAUCAGGUACACAAAUGCACGUGACAGGAACCAGCGUCGUCUUGGAGAUGCUGCGAAGAAAGCCAUUGGCAAAUUGACAACCAGGACAGUAAAGAAGGGCGAUAAGGAAACGGACCCAGACUUUGAUCAUUGUGCUGUCUGUAUCGAGUGUUACAAGCAGAACGAUGUUGUCCGCAUCCUGCCAUGCAAGCAUGUUUUUCACAAAGCCUGUGUGGAUCCUUGGCUUAGCGAACACUGUACCUGUCCUAUGUGUAAACUGAACAUUUUGAAGGCUCUGGGAAUUGUACCAAGUGUGCCAUGUACAGAUAAUGUAGCCUUUGAUAUGGAAAGGCUCACCAGAGGCCAGCCAGCCAAUAGACGAUCAGGACUUAGUGACUUUGCUAAUGACAACUCGCUCAGCCUGGAGCCCCUACGCACUUCUGGGAUGUCGCAGCUUCCACAGGACGGGGAAAUAACUCCGAGGACAGGGGAGAUCAACAUUGCCGUAACAAGUGGUCACUUCUUUCACCGCAAUUCUGUGUCUCCUCGGAGCCUGGUCUAUGAGAGUGAACUCUCAACAAUCCAGCCUGCCUUGGACCUGUACGAUGAGAACAAAACCUGAAAGGAGUGUGUUGUGGUGUUGGUUUCUUCCUUUUUUUGUUUCUCAUUCCUGUUGUUGUGUACUCCUUCCAUGGGUGUCCUUUUGUCUAAAGAAGAGCUUUUCCCAGAAUACAAGCUUGGCUUCCAAGUGACAAAGAUGAAGCUCAACUAUGGUUGUCUCCAAGGACAUCAUCUCUGGGCCAACAAUGUGCAUACACACAAUGGGCUGUUGUAAGUUGCAGAAUUGGAGUGCAAGUUAGCUUUGUCAAUCCAGCCGAGUCUGUACAAAAAAGGGUUUGCCCUGAUCCAGAGUUACUUUUGUACUGAAAAGGUAUCUUAAAUAAGCACAUGAUCUUUCCAUUGCUUCAAUCAUGCACAUGUAUGCUGAACCAUCAGACAAGGUACCUGGUGGCAGAGGCAAUUCCAAAUUGCUGGUAGAGGCGUUUCCAAGUUCCAAUGGUGUAAAGGCACACCAUUUUUCUUCGGUCUCCCCAUGAGCUUAUUGUGAUAUGUCCCCUUUCUGAGGGGAACCUGUAUAAAUGCAUUGAGUUUUCUAUUGCCCAUUUAACUCUGGAUAAUGACAAAACAGGUUGGCAUUAAAGCUACAGACAGGAGCUGUGUCUGGAGUAACCAUGAAAGAUUUCAAGUAACCCAAUUUUUCAGUUUCCACUUAAAUUGGACAAAGGUUUCCUAUACAGAAUUCAACUACAGCCAUUGCUAGCGUGCUCCUGCCAAGUGAAUCUCUUGACAACGGGGAUGCUGCUGAUGUUCAUGGGCCCACCAUUUGAUCUUCCUUAAAAUCAUUACGCUUCUUGAGAAAUGUGCAGGUAUCUAGAUAGCUAUCUUCUUUUGAUCUUUAAAAAAAAAUCCACCAGUUUUUUUCACUGAGAUUUUUGAGAAGCCAGCACGUUGGUAUUAUACACAGAACAAAAUGUAAAUUUCCUACCCUGGUCUCCCACUGAGAUGUGCAACAGUUAAGUAACAAACACUUCCUCAAUGCUGUGCCCUUUCCUGCUGCCAUCAGUAAUGUGAAUGCAGAAAGCAGAAGAGUUAAGGAAAGCACCCACGCUUUCACACGUGGAGGAAAAUCAGUUUUUUUUCAGAUUGUGACAAAAAGUGGCUGGGAAAUUAAUAUUGUCCUAAAGCUUCUAAAAGGAUAAUUCAGAAAUAGAAAAGACUUUUUUUAAGGAGUCAACAGUGUUCCUUUAAAAAGCAGCUCUGGGGAGUAAGUCAGUGUGUCUAAUGCACCUUUUCCUACUGAAUGCUGUGUAAUUGUUUAAGUUUAACAAAUGUCAAUAUUUUCUCCAUUGCAGUCUGAGUAACUGUAGAUGUAGAAAUGCAUUUGUGUCCUUUGUAAUGUGAACAAAAUCUUCACUCUCUAUAUAGAAAUUGUGAUUUAGAACAAACGGCAAACUGAAAAGAAACAUAAGAAAUGUCCUGCUAUCUUUGAAUGUAAACAGCUUCUGCUGUAGAUCGGGAAACUUGCCUUCUUUUUAUAAAGCAAUCAGUCUUGGCAUG